AAUAAAGUAAUACAGAGACAUAAAGAAAACAAAACGUAUGUUGACAUUUGGCUGUUUGUUUUUAAAUAAAUAAUUACAAAUUAAAUAAAUAUAAUGACAAGACACGCUAGAAAUUGUACAGCAGGAGCUGUUUAUACAUAUCACGAAAAAAAAAGAGAUGCUGCUGAAUCUGGAUAUGGAACAAAUAGUCACAGAAUUGGUAAAGAUUCCAUCAAGGGUUUUGAUUGUUGUUCUUUGACUCUACAACCUUGCAGACAUCCAAUGAUCACAAAAGACGGUUAUCUGUUUGACAAAGAGGCUAUUAUUGAAUACAUCCUAACAAAAAAACGUGAAUAUGCAAGAAAAAUGAAAGAAUAUGAAAACCAAAAACAACGUGAACAGGAAGAAGAUAAUGACAAAACAGCAAUUGAAGAUCUUAAAAAACUUGAAAAAUUUUAUAAAAUUGAAAAAAAUAUUGUAUCACCAUCGUCAUCAAAAUCAAUGAACAAUGAUGAUUCAUCAAUAUCAAAUAUGGCUAAUGGAAAAAAUAAAUCAUUACCAAGUUUUUGGAUACCUUCAAAAACACCACAAGCAAAAGCACUUGCAUUAAAUAAACCAGACAAGACAAUAUAUUGUCCAGUAAGUGGUAAAGUAUUGAAAUCAAAAGAUUUAAUACCUAUUAAAUUUACUGAGGUCAAAGAUCCAGAUGAUAAAAAAUCAUUGAUUGUCAAAGAAGCCAGAUACAUGUGUCCAAUAACUCAUGAUAUUUUAAGCAACAGUGUACCAUGUGCUGUUAUUAAAACAACUGGUGAUGUUAUAACUGUUGAGUGUCUUGAAAAAAUAAUUAAAAAAGAUUGGAUUAAUCCUUUGGACAGUAAAAAAUUAACUGAAAAUGAUAUUAUUAUUCUUCAAAGGGGAGGAACUGGAUAUGCUGCAGUUAAUGAAAAUCUUGAAGGUAAACAUGAAAGACCAGUUCUCCAAGCAUAAACAUAAUAUAUAAACGAAAAAAUUAUUUAAAAAAAAGAUUAAUCAUUCAAUGUAUUCAGUAAGUACAAAAUAAAUAAUUAAUAAUAUAAAUUUGA